AUGGCUGUUUCAGAGGCUGGUGCAAUGUUUAUUAAAGCAGUCAACACUCAAGGGUCAGUGAAGGACAAAGAGUACAUUUCUAAGUUGAUCAUUGAGACAAUUACGGAAGUUGGGCAUCAGAAUGUUGUGCAAGUAAUCACGGACAAUGCACCAGUUUGUAAGAGUGCAGGGCUACUUGUAGAAGGUCAGUUUAAACACAUUUUUUGGACUCCAUGUGUAGUCCACACACUAAACCUUGCUUUAAAGAAUAUAUGUCAUCCGAGAGAUAUUCGAACUAAUGUUUUAGUAUAUGAAGGGUGUGCUUGGAUUAGUGAAAUUAUUGCUGAGGUGGUACUGAUCAGAAACUUCAUCACUAAACAUUCCAUGAGAUUAGCCAUGUUUAAUGAACAUGUGGAGUUAAAAUUAUUCACACUUGCAGAGACACGUUUUGCCUCUAGUAUUAUAAUGCUUCAAAGAUUUAAAGAUGUGAAGCAAGGACUCCGUAACUUGGUAAUUUGCAAUCAAUGGUCAUCAUAUAAAGAUGAUGAUCCUAAUCAAGCAUUGUUUAUAAAAGAGAAGUUGUUGGAUGAUGAUUGGUGGAACACUUUGCAGUAUGUUAUUGAUUUUACAAAACCUAUCAUAGAAAUGCUUAGAUUAUGCGACACAGACGAGCCUUGUCUUCACUUGGUUUAUGAAAGGUGGGAUCGAAUGAUAGAUGAGGUAAAGAGCAUUAUACAUCGCCACGAGGGCUUACAAGAAUAUGAUAUUUCACCAUUUCAUAUGGUGGUGGACGGGAUUUUAACAGAUCGUUGGAGUAAAAGUAGCACACCGCUUCACUCUUUGGCACAUUCAUUGAACCCAAGGUAUUAUAGUCGUCAGUGGCUUGAUGAACGUCCAGGGCGUGUUCCACCACAUAGAGAUCUUUUGAUUGCAGGUCAAAGAUUGAAGUGUUUCGAGAGGUAUUACGAUGCGGAUGAGUUAAGAGAAGUUAACAUUGAGUAUGCUAAGUUUUCAUCUUGCCGUGAAGAAUUUGCAAAUGCAAAUACCAUAAAUGAUAGAUGGAGUAUGAAUCCUUAUGUGUGGUGGGUUACUUAUGGGGUGUAUGCUCCUUUACUUCAGCAAAAAGCACUCAUGUUGCUUGGCCAACCUUGUUCAUCUUCUUGUAGUGAGAGAAACUGGAGUACGUAUAGUUUCAUAAAUUCUGUGAAGAGAAAUAAAAUUACUCCACAAAGAGGUGAAGAUUUGGUAUUUGUUCAUACUAAUCUUCGUCUCUUAUCAAGACGAAGCCCAGAAUACUUGCUAGGGGAUACAAGAAUGUGGGACAUUGGAGGUGAUUCUUUUGAUACUAUGGAGGGUACUGUUGGUGUACUUGAAGUUGCUGAUCUUUCUCUUAAUGAGCCAGAGAUGGAACGCAUGAUAUUGGAUGAUAAUGAAGCUAAUGUGGAGGAGCUAUACCCCCUGGUUUGA